AGCUCGCUAGCUUGUUAGCUCGCCAGCCGUCUCAAGUCCCUGCAGUAUAAGAGUUGCACAAUGUGAUGUAAACAAAAAGAACGUAAAGGUGACUAUAAGCGUGUUAUUUUAUGUCUUUAUUUAGAAAGUCCUAAACAGUUUUUCUAUGCCCUAACUACGAAAAUAUAACAUUUAUGGACAUUGAAUCCUAUAUCGAAAUUCAUUCAUCGUAGUCGGGUGUGGAACCAAUUAACCACUAUAAACGAGGGAUUACUGUACACACACAAACAGUAUAUAUAAGUACAUGGGCAUAAUGUUUUUCAUGUGAGGUCAUGGGAUGCUCUUGACAUCUGGUAAAACUUUGGUCAUGCUGUACAAGUUUUGCAGUUGAAAAAGAUUCUUGCUUUCAGGUGACUGCUGCUCUUCCUUGAAGGUAUUUUUUUUCCCACUCAAAAAAUGAAAACAGCUGAGUUCACCAUCAAAAUACAGCUAAUGUUAACUGUUUACACUGAACCUUUUUUGGAACUUGUGAAUGCAAUGACAAAGUGCUAUUUUUUUUUUUAUAAAACCCAAUCUAUGGAUGUUAGUAUGACUAAAACACAGCUAAGGUACUUUUAUUUUUUAGUUAUAGAGUAUUAUUGAAGCGUGUUGAGAAUAACAAGCAUCAAUAUGACCCUUCACUCCAAUUAUGACGAAUCUAUUAAAAUGGUGCAACAAUGUCAUCCCUGAGCGGCGAUAUGGCGUCUGCGUUUUCCGAGCCCACUUUGAACACAUCACAUCCGCGAGAAGGGUGGAGGACACGCGCACGCGCACACCCGCAUCACGCCAUCGGAACCUCCGCCAGCUGCGCACGCUCACACGCAGUCACAUCAAGCUUUUUUUUUAUAUCCCCCGCUCCACUUAUUUAUUUCAUUCAUCCUUAUAUAAUGCCACGCAUCGACUUAAUGCGCGCACAGUGAAGACAGCGUCCAUACAUCAGCUGCUACUUGAAGUGACAGCGCUGACCUGGAUAAGUGCUGAGCCUGCGUCCCACACUGAGGGAGGCCUCACAGAGACAGCUGUGUUUAGCAGCUCCCUGGCAUUCUGCAGCAUCUCACCCAGCAUGGCGGACCCCACGUCGCCCCCCGAGACUCCCCUACGAUCCCCAGACGCCCCGCUCACCGUGUCCUUUCCCUUCCUGAGGGAGGGGAGUCGGGUGUGGGAGGAAAGAGGGGAGCAGGCGCUGCCCAGGGAGCUCCCCAGCCCGCUGCCAACCAAACGCACUCGCACCUACUCAGCCACGGUCCGAGCUCACUCAGGUCCGGUGUUCAAGGGCGUUUGUAAGAACUUCUCCAGGUCACAGGGACACGGCUUUAUCCGGCCCAGCCACGGUGGCGAAGACAUCUUUGUUCACAUCUCAGACAUCGACGGGGAGUAUGUUCCAGUUGAAGGCGACGAGGUCACAUACAAAGUGUGCAGAGUCCCUCCCAAGAACCUGAAGGUGCAAGCAGUGGAGGUGAAGAUCAUUCACCUGAACCCAGGCACUAAACACGAGACCUGGUCCGGCCAGAUCAUCAGUUCUUAGGCCGGAGCUCCACGAGCGUGGACGCGGGCCACAGGCCACAGGCGAUGGAGUUGUUGUGGGACUGAAAACAUACACCAUGCGCAUGUUGUGUUCUUUUACGUUACAGUUUUACCCACCCAACAUUGACGUCUGCGCUUGACUUUGAUGACGCGGAACAUGAAAGUGUUGAGUGUUAAGUGGGGAAGGAGGCGAGAGCAGCGCUUCCUUUCAGAACAUACUUAAGGUACCAAAUAUGGUUCCGGGUGUCAUUACGGUGGCUUUCCUGAUGUUUAAGAUACCGGAUAUGUUCCUCCCCCCCCUUAUUUGACGUACAGUGGAACCUCCAACGUCCACGCUCACAAGGGCACGAGUGAUGACAAAGAAGAAAAAGUGUAACGAUAACCAUAGAAGCAGAAAUGGAAGUUAACAUGAUAUAGGAAAGCGUCUGGCUGGACAGUACAACAUUAGAAAUACAAUUAAUUGAAAGUUAAUCACAUGCACACAUUCAUUCUACCAAGCAGAUGCUAAUAUAAAUAAAUAUGUAAAUAAUUGUAGUGAGUCGCUUGGUGGUUGAGGGUUUUCUCCGGGUGUGAAUGGGAGUAGUUGUACUUUAUUUUAUCCACAUACUGUAUACUGUAUGUAUAAGGCAGGUAGUAAUGUUUAAAUGUUACUUCAAAUGUUGUAGCGCUAAUACAUGUUUUAUCAGCCAUUCACUUCAUAUUACUUCCUAUAGAAACAUUUGUUUAAAGUCAACCAGACAGGAUUGUGUUGGACUUUGGAGGUUCCACGGUCCGCUUCCUUUGCUCAUACAGUACAUGAGGUAGCAAAUACGAUAGAUACUUGGUGUUUUCUUUUGCAUUACCGUUUUACGCACCCAAUAUCGACCGUCCCUCUUCUUCAAAUCGUUGGCGUCGAACCCUGCGUUCCAUUUAUAAGUGUUGGUGCAAACUUUGAAUGCAAAAAAUUCAAACGAUAAAGAUAAAAGAAGGGUCAUGGAAAUGUUGAACAUUAAAAGAGGAAAAAGUAGGUGACACGAAACGGACUUCCGAGUUAAAAAUAGUCAGGGAGAACCUGUGCCAGGAAUCAUUCAUUUGUUUACAGAAAGGAGGACGUGCACAUUUUGAACGUUUUAGCACUGCUAGUAUUUCCUCGUCUCCUUCGUGUUUGUUCCUUUUGAUAAUUCAACUACUGACGUGUCCUCACAUCGAAAGCGAGGGAGCACAGAUGAAGCGUGCCCUCGGAAAUGUUUGCUAACAUGCUGUACUGUGUAUGGAGCCACUGAUUCAAAUACACCCUUGUGUGUGUUUUGUGUUUGUGUAACAGUAAACUACAUGACUUUAUAGUUGGUCAUUGUCACUGACCUGUUGUUUGUGCUGUAGGGUUUUCUCGAUCACUGACGUUGUCUUCUAAUGUACCACGGCCCCCUUAGCACUUCUGUCUCACUGCCUGAAAUGUCAUCAUUUUUAUUUCCGUCACCUCACGGUUUUAUUUCCUUUAGUGGUGGCUUCUACUGAGCCUUUCAACGAUUAAACCAUUUGAUGACUCUG